AUGGCUUCAAACAUGUUCCUCAUGCUCACCAUUGUUGCCAUGUUUCUUCCCACAAUCGCCAUGGCAACAGAUUAUAUUGUCGGAGAUGACAGCGGAUGGACAAUCAAUUUCGAUUAUCAAGCUUGGGCAAAGGAUAAAGUAUUUCAAGUUGGUGAUAAAUUAGUGUUCCAAUACCCUCAAGGAUAUCACAAUGUAUUCAAAGUAAAUGGUACUGCCUUCAAGAAUUGUGACAUUCCGCCGGAAAACGAAGCCCUCACCUCCGGAAAUGACACGAUAGUACUUACGACCCCAGGAAGAAAGUGGUAUAUCUGUGGUGUUAGCAACCAUUGUGCUGCCUAUGGCCAAAAGCUUACCAUCACUGUCCAAUAUCCAUAUGGCUGGGCACCCGCCCCAGCUCCAUCUUCCCCUACAGCACCAACACCUGAACCUUGGGCACCAACUACACCUUCAGUGCCCGCCACAACAACUGAAACUUGGGCACCAACUCCUCAACCUUGGGCACCAGCUCCUCAACCUUGGACACCGGUUCCAUCUUCACCUUCAACACCAGCUCCUAGCACACCUUGGCCACCGGCUCCAUCUCCCUAUCCAUGGACUUGA